CUAUCAACAUAGCAUGCAAAGCUGCCUUCUCAUUGUGUGUUAAAACAGGGCAAACUUAUCACAGUAUUAUCACUUAUAUUGGCUUGACAUUGAAUGCCCUACCGAUCUAUGUGCACUCCGGGAGUUCAUAAAGAGAGAGUGUGAGAACGCAUGAGGGCAAGAGAGAGAAUGAGAGAGAGAUAGGCAGAGCAGCUAUCGCAUAUUUUAAAAGCUAAUUCCGGAUUUGAACGAUAAUUUAUAAACAAAUAAGAUUAGCUAUCUCUGAGCAGUCUCAAGCAACUAACAAGCGGAGAAGUACAUCUAAAUUUCGUGAUGUGGAGUGAUUUAAAGAACAAGGUGAUCUUGGUGACCGGCGCCGGCGCGGGCAUUGGCAAUGCUUUGGUAAAGCAACUGGCUGCGGCGGGCGCCACUGUCAUUGCGGUGGCACGCAAUCAGGAGCAGCUAAAUGCGUUGGUCGCUUCCGAUGCGGAGCAUAUAAAGCCACUGUUAGUCGACUUGUCCGAUUGGAGUGCGGUGCGUGUUAGCUUGGGCGCUGUGCCCGAGCUGGACGGACUGGUCAACAAUGCGGGCGUGGCCAUAAUCAAACCUUUCGCUCAGCUGUCUGAACAGGACUUUGAUACGCAAUUUAAUGUGAACAUUAAGGCGGUCUUCAAUGUGACCCAGGCGCUGCUGCCCAAGCUACGCAACGGCAGCUCGAUUGUGAAUGUAUCCUCGUUGGCUGCCUCACGCAGCUUUGCUGGCCAUACGGCGUACAGUGCGACCAAAGCGGCGCUGGAUUCGCUAACCAAAUCGCUGGCAUUGGAGCUGGCUGAGCGCAAGAUACGUGUCAAUUCGGUCAAUCCCACCGUGGUGCUGACCAGAAUGAGCAUCGAAAACUGGUCCGAUCCGGCCGUCAGUGGGCCACUGCUGGCGCGUAUACCGCUAAAGCGUUUCGGCGAGGUGCACGAGGUGGUCGACGCCAUUGGCUAUCUGUUGAGCAGCAAGUCGAGCUUCGUCAAUGGCCAUCACAUCAACCUGGAGGGCGGCUACUCGGUCUCCUAACCAGACAGACACACAC